UGCAAACAAGGACGACGAAGCAGGAACCGAAAGAAAGAAGGAAGAACUUGAGCCUAGCGCUCCGGGGAUUUCGCUCGCUGUGGGUGAAAAUUUCCGUUUUCUAGGCGUGCGGUAGUGGAAAGCGGUCCGCAGGUCACCUCAGCAACCCGGUGAAACGGCGUGUGUACACCGCUUUGGCGGUAUUUACCAAUAUUCGAAAUCAACAAGGCAACCGUUUUUUUUCUGCUCCAUUCGCACGAACCCCUGCCCAUCGCCCUGGGUCGGCGUUUAUUUACGAUUAUUCGAUGGUACGGUGCCCACUAGCGGCAGCAGACUGUGGUGCGGUUUACGAUUGUGUGAUGUGUGCGCCGAGUGGCCACUAGUUAAGUGAUCAAACAGUAUCCCGUUUGCUCGUUUGCUGCUGACCACCUUGUUUCCGGGAAAUGAUGGAGGAACAACAGAGGAAUCCCGGGCAUGCUUGCCCGCCAGAACUGUCACAGAUCUCCGGGGAUCAUCAAGCAAACGCAACACACCAAAACACAUCCAACGGGAACGGUGGAGAGGCAGGUAUGGGGGGCGCCAUGUGUGAUAGACGAGAUGAUGGGUUAGCGGGACAUCGGUGCUGCCUGAUGUGUUUGCUGCCGUGCGACGAGCUGGGCUCGAUUGGAUCGGAAUCACCCGAAGAGCUCGCCCGGAUAGUGGACAACAUUUUCAAGAUUGCCAAAAUCGAGGUGAAGCCCCAGAACGGUAAAAUCGAGCCACUGUGUGGCGGUUGCCGGGCAAAGCUGGGCUACGAUUACGACGAGGACGCCUACUACGAUAUGCUCUGCCGGAUGUACAGCAGCGAUAUGCAGAACAAAAUGAUCACGAUCGCAAUGAACAACGGCCACAUAGCGUUACCGGUGGAUCGUCCCGAAUCACCGACGGGGUUGACCGGCCCGUACAUUGACGCAGCCUGUGGUACUUUCGUCGUGACCGAGCUGGGCGUAGAGGCACUGAACGCCGGAAAGGAUGAGCUCGUGUGUGCGAUCUGCUCGAAGGCGUUCAAUUUCAAAUCCACGCUACGGCUACACAUCCGCAGUCACCAUCAGAGUGCUCCGCGAGAGGUGGUGGAAACGGUGCGGCCGGUGCGCAAACCCCGGGUCUACGAGUGUGUCGAGUGUCAGCUGAGCUUCAAGCUAAAGUACGACUACGACAAACACGUGGGCACCCACAAGAAGUCGAACAUGUUCCAGUGUGAUGUUUGCUUCAAGCUGUUCAAGCACAAAUCGUACUACUCGAUGCAUCGAAACAUGAAACGCUGCAAGCUGGGUCCGGCGGCACCGCUCGAUCUGACUGGAGUGGCUGCCAUGAGCGAACUGGGCAUGAUGCCACAGCAAGCACAACCGCACCCAGAAGUCCGCCCCAACGGACGGCGUAAUGGCAAAACGAAGGGAGGACGACAUGCGACGGUAGCCGUCGCGGAUCCACUCGGUUCCGUAUCAGCGUUACUGCAAUGUGCCGGACCGGAAUUUACCAGCCUCUCCGAUUGCCAGCUAGAGCACGGUAGCUAAGGGGCAUCGGAUCAGGAGAUCAGAGAGACAGAGCACGAUUGACACAUUCAAUUUUCAGAUGGUAAAGCAUUACGGUUCCUAAGCGCGAAACAGAUUGAUCCAAAGAGCGGGCGGAGGGGGCAUUGAAUUGGAGUUCUACUUCCGCUAGUCAAAGCGUCGAUCGCUGGAAGAACGAUUGCAACGAUGCACCACUAACUGCUCAAUCACCACCCCGGUGUGGUUUACUUGCACAUACAACAUUGACAGCCAUUUAGAAUACAGAUUGUGAAUUUGUUUAA